CCAAGACAUUUUGACGUUCAAUUCAAGUUGACAUUUAAGUAAUCUUUCCAUUCGACUCGAUCGACUAAAUUCCAGUUUUAAAAAUGGGUGAUGAAACGGAUGAAAUGCCAUCCAUCAUAGAACCACCAUCGGAACCAGCAGCUCAAGAUGAAGGAGUUGAAGUCAAUAAAGCACAAAGUUUGAACGAAAACUUCUUUUAUAACACCAUGCUGGCAAGAGCUCUACUUCAAAUCCUACCCUAUAGAGAUAAACAGUGCGUGAAGAACUGGUUGGAUAGAUUAGCAGAUAUGGACCAAAGCGAUGACGAAUUGACUCUAAGACACGAGUAUAUGUGGUUCUUACUGCUCAUGAUGGAGACUAAGAAGAUCAGAGAACCCUUUAACGUGUUGCCACCCAAAGAAUUGGUACCUCUCAAAGAUGCUGUGCCUACAAAUGUGUACGAAGAAGUUCUUCUUUGGAAUGAUCAGACCAGUUUUUCUUCGGAAAAGGAGCCAGAAGGAAAGGCGCUAGCUGACAAGGGUCCUGUUCUGAAGAAUUCUUCACCUGCUAAGUUCUUGGACAAUCAACCCUGGCCAAAGCAGGGUGUUAUUUGUUACCUAGCUGCUUUUAGUGAUCGGGAUACUUACUGAGAUGUUUGUCUCUAAAAUGAAUAUAUUUUCUCUUUCCAUCCAUUUUGAAUUGAUUCAAUAAAUUAAUGUUUGUUUGGUAGUUAGCUCAUAAAUGUCUUUAUAACGAUACUUUCAAUGAACAUUUUUAUUUGUCAAUACUUACUUAUAGUGCAAUUGAUAAAAUCUUGUUGACG